AUGGCUGAUAUCGAGGAAGUGCAGGAAAAAGACAUCCAGAUUGCUGAUCUUCAGAAGACGGUGGAGAUGCAAAAAGCAGAAAUCACGCGUCUCUUCGAAGAGAAAAGCCGUAUAGAAAGCGAUUUUAAGAGGCUGGAAGCCGAAAGGGAUGAAAUGUACAAAACACUAGUGAUUGAUCACGAGCUGGCCAUGGAACGUGCUGCAUCAUUUCAUAGCGAAGAAAUAAAGAGAAAGGACAAUGAAAUCGAAUCGUUGAAAGCGACCAUACAGAAAAUGCGUGAAAGCGAAGCGCACCGCGGACUUGAAAAUAUCGAACUUGGCACUUCGACUGAAGAAAUUAGAGCUGGAUACGAGAAGGAAUAUAAGAACAAAAUGCAGCUAUUGUUGGCUGGGAUGAAGGAGAAGAAGGAUGAAGAGAUUGCAAGGGUAAAGAAAGAAGCGGAGUUCGAUAUUCGAUUACAGAUGCAGAAAUACGUGGGU